UCUACUAACUAUGCCUGAUCCAGCCAAGCCUGCGCCUAAGAAGGGCUCCAAGAAAGCCGUGAGCAAGACCGCCGGAAAGGGAGGCAAGAAGCGCAAGAGGACCAGGAAGGAGAGCUAUGCCAUCUACGUGUACAAGGUCCUGAAGCAGGUCCACCCCGAUACGGGGAUCUCUUCUAAGGCCAUGAGCAUCAUGAACUCCUUCGUCAACGACAUCUUCGAGCGCAUCGCUGGUGAGGCUUCCCGCCUGGCACAUUACAACAAGCGCCACACCAUCUCCUCCAGGGAGAUCCAGACCGCAGUGCGUCUGUUGCUGCCCGGUGAGCUCGCCAAGCACGCCGUGUCCGAGGGAACCAAGGCCGUCACCAAGUACACCAGCUCCAAGUAAAGAGUUCUACCACCUUUCCCCAACCAAAGGCUCUUCUAAGAGCCACCUAAAAUCUCAUCUGAAAGCUAUUCCAUAUCCUACAGAAUGACGUUUGUAUUAUGUGAUGAAAUGAAGUCUUCAACACACAUGCUCACAACCAAAACCACCAGUCCAUACGAUGGCAGACUUGAAUGUAGGCUACUGUAUAAUUCGCCAGGUCUAUAUUCAGGAUUACGCGCAGUGAGAUAUUGCAGUCUUUCCCAGUUUAAUUUUGAUAUUGGGCCUCGCAUUAGUAAGUAAAACAUACAGCCUGGUUGAACUUGUAGGCCAAUGAAAGUACGUGUGUACCAAGUGUUUUAAGUUGACCAAACUUACUAUGUGAAAUCCGCACAACUUCAGUCAAGCAGCCCGGACUCGUAACUUUUUUUGUACGCCCUGCUU